AUGCUGUCCGGCGGGGCUGCGGCCGCCUUGGGGCUGCUGCUGGUGGUGCUGGUGGUGGUGCACCGCCUGCUGCGGCCGCACAUCUGGGCCGAGGCGGCCUUCCUGCUGCGCGCGUGGCGGGGCCGGCGCCAGCUGUUGCGGGCGCGCGGCAGCCUGGCGCAGCGCUGGGGGCGCCUGGCGCGCGCCCGGGCCGGGCGGGUCUUCCUGCGCUACGGGCAGCGCAGCUACACCUACGGGCAGGCGGAGCGCGAGAGCAACCGGCUGGCCCAGGCGCUGCGGGGCUGGGCCGGCCCGGGGGGCCCCCCGCGGCCCGGGCAGACGGUGGCGCUGCUGGUGGGCAACGAGCCCGCCUUCGUGUGGGCCUGGGUCGGCCUGGCCAAGCUGGGCGUCGCGCCCGCCUUCCUGGGCACCGCGCUGCGCCGGGGGGCUCUGCUCCACUGCCUGCGCGCUUGCGGCGCGCGCGCCCUCCUGGUGGCGCGCGAUCUUUUCGAGGCUGUGGAACCCAUUCUCCCAAACUUGGAGGAAAUGGGCAUCGUGGUCUGGGUGCUGGGGAAGGGGCCCUACCCUCCCGAGGUGACCGCUCUCGAUGACCUGCUGGAAAAGGCGUCCGAUGAGCCGGUGCCCUACGAUCUCGCCACCCCCAGCGACCUGUCGGACACCUGCCUGUACAUCUUCACCUCAGGGACCACAGGACUCCCCAAGGCCGCUCGCAUCAGCCACCUGAAAUGCAUCUUGUGCUUAUGGUUCUAUCACCUGGUAGGUGGGACCAGCUCUGACGUGAUCUACGUGGCCCUGCCUCUCUAUCACUUGGCAGGAUCCCUGCUGGGGAUCAUUGGAACCUUUGGCUUGGGUGCCACCUGCGUGCUGAAGAAGAAGUUCUCGGCCAGCCAGUUUUGGCCUGACUGCCGGCUCUAUGGCGUGACUGUGUUCCAGUACAUCGGAGAGCUUUGCCGCUAUCUGGUGAACCAGCCUCAGACUCCUCAAGACCGGGAGCACAGCUUACGCAUGGCAGUGGGCAGUGGCCUACGCGCGGACGUCUGGCGUGAAUUCCUCCGCCGCUUCGGGGACUUGAACAUUGUGGAGACAUACGGCAUGACGGAGGGCAGCGUGACCUUCUUCAACUUCACAGGGACCGUGGGCGCCGUGGGGCGGGCCUCUUGGCUUUAUAAGCGUUUGUUCCCGUUCGAGUUGCUUCAUUACGACGUCCUCCAGGGCGCUCCGCUAAGAGACGAGGCCGGCCGGUGCCAGCGCGUGGAAACAGGGAAACCGGGGCUUCUGGUCUCGCCCGUGACCCCCAUGACGCCGUUCCUGGGAUAUGCCGGAGGGCGCGAGCUGACGGAAGCCAAAAUCCUGCGCAACGUUUUUGCCGAGGGCGAUUCCUACUUCAACACAGGCGACCUGAUGUUUCAGGACUCUCACGGCUUCAUCUACUUCUGGGACCGCACUGGCGACACAUUCCGGUGGAAGGGCGAAAACGUCGCCACGACAGAAGUGGCUGAGAUUCUGGGUACCCUGGAGAGCUUGCAGGAUGUCACCGUCUACGGCAUCACCGUUCCAGGCCAUGAAGGCCGAGCGGGGAUGGCGACGGUGGUGCUGAGGCCCGGACGGGAGUUCGAUGGAGCCGAGGUCUACACGCAUGCUGCUGAGCUUUUGCCCCCAUAUGCUCGGCCCCGCUUUCUGCGAAUUCAGGACCACCUGGAGAUGACGGAAACCUUCAAGCAAAAGAAGGUCCGUUUAGCAGCCGAAGGAUUUGACCCGACACGGAUCACGGAGCCCCUCUACUUCCUGGACGAUGCCGCCAAGAUGUAUGUGCCUCUGACCCGGCCAGUCUGGGAGGGAAUCAUUGCCGGCGACAUCCGGUUAUAACACCCAGCCUUGCUGA